UAGUAUUUCUCCCUAUUUCAUUAAAACCUAGAAAGAUGAAAUCAGUGAUAAAGAAGGAAAAAUAAAAUGCACAAAGUAAUUUUUUGUGUCUGUUUCUUUUUAACCCAGCACAGAGAGAAAACUAUGUCCUCGCCUCCACCCAUCUCCACACCAGAAAUGGAACCGAAUGGCACCUUCGGCAACAACAAAAACUGUACAAUUGAAAACUUCAAGAGAGAAUUUUACCCAAUUGUAUACCUGAUAAUAUUUGUCUGGGGAUCCUUGGGAAAUGGCCUUUCCGUAUAUGUUUUCCUGCAGCCUUAUAAGAAGUCCACGUCUGUGAACGUUUUCAUGCUAAACCUGGCCAUUUCAGAUCUCUUGUUCAUAAGCACACUUCCCUUCAGGGCUGACUAUUACCUCAGAGGCUCCGAUUGGAUUUUUGGAGACCUGGCCUGCAGGAUUAUGUCUUAUUCCUUGUAUGUCAACAUGUACAGCAGCAUUUAUUUCCUGACAGUGUUGAGCGUUGUGCGUUUCCUGGCAACUGUUCACCCUUUUCGGCUUCUCCAUAUCACCAGCAUCAGGAGUGCCUGGAUCCUGUGUGGGGUCAUAUGGAUGUUCAUGAUGGCUUCCUCAGUAAUGCUUCUGAAGAAUGGCUCUGAGCGGAAGGGCAAUGUCACAUUAUGUUUAGAGCUGAAUCUCAAUAUAGUUACCAAAUUGCAGAUCAUGAACCUUAUUGCCUUGGUGGUGGGCUUCCUGCUGCCAUUCUUCACGCUCAGCAUCUGUUACCUGAUGAUCAUCCGAGUCCUGUUAAAGGCGGAGGUCCCAGAAUCAGGUCUGCGGGUUUCUCACAGGAAGGCGCUGACCACCAUCAUCAUUACCUUGAUCAUCUUCCUCCUGUGUUUCCUGCCCUAUCACACACUGAGGACCCUCCACCUGUUCUCAUGGGAAAUGGGUAUGUGCAAAGAGGCGCUGCAUAAAGCUGUGAUCAUCACGCUGGCCUUGGCAGCAGCCAACACCUGCUUCAAUCCUUUGCUCUAUUACUUUGCUGGGGAGAAUUUUAAGGAAAGACUAAAGGCUGCACUUAGAAAACAUUAUCCACGGAAGGCAAAGACGAAGUGCAGCUCUUCUGUUUGUGUGUGGUUGAAAAAGGAAACAAGAGUGUAAGGAGUUAUUAGGUGAUGCCUGUUUUUGUACC